ACCCUCCCAAUCCCUCUUCUUCCCCUUCUUUUUUUCUCUUUCUUUCUUUCGGGUUCGAUGGAAACCCAGCCUUGCUGGGUUCGUCGACCAGCCAAGGCUGGGUUUGGAUGAACCCAGCUUGCUGGGUUCGGUGGAAACCCAACCUUGCUAGGUUCGUCGACCAGCCAAGGCUGGGUUUCGACGAACCCAGCCAAGGCUGGGUUCCGUUGAACCUAGCUUUGCUGGGUUCGCGACAAGCCAAGGCUGGGUUCGCCGGAACCCAGCCUUGCUGGGUUCGGUUGAAACCCAGCCUUCAACCGAACCCAGCUUUGCUGAGAAAGCUUGGUUCUUGGUUUGAGGUUUCAAUGAAACCAGUAGCUCAAGUUUCCCUGAGAAAGGAGAAGAAGAGGAAAUGGGUGGGUUAAGGUCGGUUUUGUAGAUGGAGUGGAGAUGAGAAGCAUUCACGGAAGAAAAAGAAAUGAGUUAAGAUCGAUUUUGCAGAUGGUGAAGAUGAAAGACCAGUUUGCAGGUAACUGGAAUCCAUUUGAGGGUUUUGUGUGAAGAAGAUGAAGAUGACAUGUUAUAAAAAAAAAAAGGUCCA